CGAUCUCCAUGGCUUCCAAUAAGCAGAUGCUUGCGGUGGCAGCGGCGGCGAUCGCCGUCGCCUUCCUCCCCCUCUUCGCCACGGCCAGCGUUCACCUGGUGGGUGACGAGGAAGGCUGGACCCUCGGGUUCAACUACACCGCCUGGUCCGAGAGCAAUCAGUUCAUGGUCGGCGAAGCACUAGCGUUCGACUACGACAAGGCAAACCACAACGUGGUUGAGGUUACCGGAGCGGGAUUCAAGGCGUGCAGCGCCGCCAAUCCCCUCGGCACAUGGAGCUCCGGCCGCGAUCUGGUGAAGCUGGAGAACCCGGGGAGGAGGUGGUUCAUCUGCGCCGUCGGCAACCACUGCCAGAUGGGCAUGAAGCUCAAUGUCACCAUCCUCGCGGCGGACGCGCCUUCCCCUGCCCCUGCACAAGCUUUCUGGACGGCGCCUUCGCCUUCUCCCCAUCACAAGUCCAGGCGCCCCUUCGUUUCCAAGUGGUGAUCGAUCACCUGCCGGCUCCUGAAUGAACUACGACGCUGUUCGUGCUCGAGCCGGCUCCCUGCUGGUCACAUCGACCUUGCACGCUGUUCUCCAUACCGUACCCAUGUACUAAUUGUUAGACUCAUGCUGUA